AUGGCCCCUGCUGGUAAAAUGGUGCAUGGCAGAAUUAUCCUGUCAUGGGUACUUAAAGGUUUCCAGUCACACAGUAUCCAGGUUUACCAGAUUCCUCGUGUGGAUGCUGUGAGUGGCAGCUCAGUCACAUUACAGUGUCAGUACACACUCAGAUACAUAUCCGAGGCAGAUCAUGGCUGGUUCACUUGGUACAGACAUAUAGUGAAUGGAGAGGAUUGUGUUUCAAACACUGAAGGACUUUUUAAAGGCAGAGUUUCCAAAUCCAAUCUGAAUGAUUUCAUCAACAAAAGUUCUGCUAAUAUCAUCCUGCACAAUGUGGAUAUCACAGACACUGGGUUGUUUAUUUGUCAAGUAACGUUCCAGUUAGAUGAGACAAUAUCAGGACAUGGGAACGGAACAUUUCUCAAUGUGACAGUGCGGAAUAAAGCCACCACAUUAAGAAACCUAAUGCUUCUCAGGAUUUAUAUUAACUAUUUGCAUGGUGGCAUGCUGGGCAGACAAGAAUAG